GAGCGAGAUAAAGAGCUCGCUGUUGUUCAACGUGCUAUGUUGAACAUCACAGGCCCAUUAAGCACAUUACAUGACCGUUUAGAAAACAACCUUCCUGUUAGCCCUACUGAGCUCAAGUUGCUUGUUGAACAAUCCCUUUGUUUAGUUGGUUCGGCUAACUCACAAUUAUCGGUACUCCGCCGCAAGAAGGUACUUGCAUCCAUUAACAAAUCAAAAAUUGAUUUGGCAAACCAGCCAUUGCCAAACGCUCAACGAUGGCUAUUUGGGGACGAUUUUCCCUCAAUUGCAUCUAAGGAAGCCGAGCUAUCACGGGGUUUGGAAAAAAAUCUGGCUCCUACGGCCCCCAACUGA